AUGCAUAACGAUUCAAGACACCAAAUGAGGUCUAAUUCAAUGGAUGAACAAGAAGGAGGAUUAGCUGAUUUGAAGGUUUGCAAGGUAGCAUAUAACGUUGAAGAGGUUCAGAAGGACAGUGGGGAAGAUAAAGAGAGCGUGAUACAGGUGGAAAACAUUGAUGAAAUAGAUUCUAUAAGCCAAACAAGUUCAAGGAUGAGUGACAAACAGCGUGAGGUGUGUCAAACAAACGACAAUACGACACUUGUUUCUGGUAAACAAAUGUCAAUGGACACUGUUGAGACACCAGGCGUAGUUACCCAAAUGCGGGACCAUUUAACACAUAUUGCAGCAGCAGGUGAGAAUUCCUUGCCAAACAGCGGCAAUACAGAGAUUACUGAUCUACGAAAUCUACAUAUGUACCGAAAUGACUUGGAUGUGGACACCACGACACGUAUGGAUGUACUGGGGUAUAGAACUCUGGCAGAUGACAAUCAGAAAAUUAACCAAUAUGAAGACGCGAAUAUACAGGUUGUGAGCAUUCAAAAGCCUGUGGAACUAGAUACUGAACUUGAAAAGGAUUUUCGUAAUGAAAACUAUAGUAGUGAUUCAUACCGGAGUAGUGUGGCGUAUGACUCUAGCGUGGAAUUAACCGAACGAAGUAAUAGGACUAACAGCAGUAAGAGAAGCAUCUAUAAGCCGGUUUUCAUUGCGGAGCCGUUCGGAACAGUGGAAGGUAACAUAGCCAGCGCAAAUUGUGAAUCCGUCAUACUGCAAGACAUAGCGGCGAAUAGUGAUGGAGGUUUUGAUAUAUCCACUCAUAUUCGUGACGUGGACCAAGCGAAAUUGAUGAUAAAAUGUGAUAAGUCUGCAAACGGCAAUAUAGUCAUGGAACUUGUAUGCAAUUCUUCAAAAUCCAACACAGAUGAAGCUACUGGAUUGAAUACGCACUGCGCAACCCCCGUUUCCGAACGAGAAAACGGCCCCAAAGAUUCUUCCAACAAAACAGACACGGUACAAGAGACGGGUGACAAAAAGUAUAAAGUAUUCAUAGGUCCAGAAGAUGGAACACUUUCGAUUGAAAUUGCCCGAAAUCUUUCUGAGAGUGGUAAUAACACAACUGUGGUUCGUGAUGAAUUCAGCACCAACGAUGAUGUAACUGAAAAGGUUAACGUCAGAACCGAAAGUGAAAACAGUUAUAUGGAUACAUGGAUAGAAGAACACAGAAAUAUGUUUCUCAUGGGAGAGAACGAAAACCUCCAUUGUGAUUCCCCAGAAUGUCGUUGCCACUGGGGACUUGGCAACAUCCAUCUCUCACCAUGUUCGAGUCACACGUUAAAAUCUGGAGGUGGAAAGACCUGUGGAUAUGGUCACAGCUGUGAAGGGUCUGCUACGUGCAAUUGCGCUAAUGGCGGACUAAGUAAUUCCGUAUCAAGUUCAUUUGGUAUGACAACUCCAGCGUCUAAUAUUUAUGGAUCCUUUAACCGAAGGAGAUAUGAUAGUGGGAAUCAUCUACAACGGCGUUUGUCGGAUUGCUGUGAAAACGUUAGCAAAGAUAUGGAGAACGUAUGCGAUUCGUUGUUCAAGAAGUCUGGCAGCAUUGACGUAAUUCCACACGACAGAUCUGAUGGAUUUGAUGCGUUUCAUCCUCAAAAUAUCGGAUCCGGAUUUUUCGGACUCUGGCGAAGCUGUGGAAACGAAUCAGCUGACGAUGGCUUCGAGAUACCAAGGCUGCCAAUGUACGAUGUAGUUGGAAUUGACAAAACAACACCACGUGACCUGAACAAUAGUGAUCACGGCGGCUGCGAAAAGUUAGAAUGUGUAGACAGUGUGCCCGAGAAGCAAACUCAAGAUACAGUGCCAACGGAACGGAUCUUGUUCUAUGCUAUGCACGGUACGAAUUAUCAGCAUGUGUACACUACGACACACCCGGAAUUCAAACACACAGCAGAUUGCACUGUUACACCUCAGGAGCUUGGUUUUGAUUCAGCUGAAUCAUUAAACAGGUCACUCAACGCCAAAAGUGAAAUUAUCGUGCGUCCCCCUGCCUGUCUCGGAGGCCCAGUAUGCUUUCGAGCGAACGUCGCCAAGUCUAUCCUCUGCAGUCAGGACUACAUGACAAAUACGGUUUUCCAAGUUAAUUGGUACGAAAACAGUUUGCAGAAGAAACGUAGCGCAUCAUGCUGGUUGUGCUGA